UGUUGUUGUCGAAGGAGGCGGGUAAAGUUGUCUGCAAAAAGUCCUCCAACUCUCCUAUUUUCGUCUCCUAUUUCGGUCUAAAAGGAGCCAGGAGCGUCGUGAGGGAUCCUAUUUGAAUCAGGAUAUGAUGUUUUAGGAAGGGAACGGAAAGUAAAUCGUCAUGAGUGAGUUUAAAAUCCACCACCAUGUCAGUGAGCUCUUUUCUCUCUUGGGAAUCAGCAAAGACGCAGCUGAAAGAUACACCGAAACGUUGGGCCAGUCGGUACAACACUUUAUCAAUACCCAAGUGUCAGCUUCAAGCGCAGUAAGGAUCUUGGCAGAAAAUGCGCCAGACCCUCAGGCCUUUCUCAGCAAGUAUGAUGAACUGAAGAGCAGAAACGUGCGUGACCUAGAUCCGUUAGUGGUGUUUCUGAGUGGUUUGGUGGAAGACGAAGAGGUGAGGAAGGCAAUAGAAAGUGGCUCCCGGUCGAAGAUGAAGGAAGAGGGCUUGUCGUUUACAACAGUUCCCAGCAUCGUCUCUGAGAUCGAACAUGCAGCGGAGACAAAACUCUCAAAAGACCAGCUCAAUGAGGUUGCGGACCGUUUGCUGCGGGAAUCACAAGUGACACAUGUUCCUAGUGAAGCCAUGCGAGCAGUCGAAAGAGGAGAAAAGAAAAAUACCCUUGGACCUCCGACCCCAAGUUGGCUGGAUAACCGGCCUUAUCACACGUUGGAUUUUGUGCAAGUGGAACACAGGCCGGAUGUUGGGGCCCUUGGCAAGGUGGCAUCGACAUCUCAAGAACAUCAGCUGAUUGAAGACCUGCUGAGCCUCAUGAUGGGGAUAGAAGGAAUGUACAUUACAGUACAGCCUCCUGCUAAACAUUAUGACGCCCCAGAGUUUACUGUCGAUCCAUCUGUUGAACCUUCUCUGAGUGCGUUGGUGAGCCGCAUAUUGCCGUUGUGCGGUCACUACUCUCAGCUGGUGAGGUUUGUGGAGGACAAGAGCUUAUAUCACCACGGAUUGGUAAACCAGGCUUUGGCGGCUGCUCUCACCAGUCUAAUCAAAGACUAUAUGCUUCUAGUAACACAGUUGGAAGCACAACACCAGAGAUGGGCCCUCACUCUGCACAAACUAUGGUUCUACGUGGAGAAAACGAUGGCAGUUAUGGACAUGCUUGCUUGUAUCACCAGAAUAAUUACAAAGUCUGAAGCACAUGGAGGGUCGGUGUUGAGUCUCCUGCACGACCGUACUCUGAGUCUCACAGGAUGCGGACAGCUGCAGGAGGUUAUGGUGUUCCUUACACAGGCAGCUGCUGUGCCCUACAUGAACAUGUUGGCGAAGUGGCUGUACCGUGGGAUUAUCAAUGAUCCUUACAAUGAGUUCAUGGUCGUGGACAGAGAGAGUGGCACGGAAGAGAACGAGGACCAGGACUUGGCCGAUGACUAUUGGGAAAAGAGAUACACUAUCAUUCCCCACAACAUUCCUGCUUUCUUGCAAAUGCAUGCCGAUGUCAUUCUGCGAACUGGGAAAUACCUUAACGUAAUCAGGCAGUCAGACCACAGUGUAGUCUGUCCCGACCAAGAGGAACUUGCCUACAGCAUCAGAGAUCCAUCGUAUACCGAGGUGAUUGAACGGACGUACAGUUUUGCCUCCAAGAGACUUUUGGAGUUGCUAAUGAAAGAGAAGGAUUUGAUGGGGCGGCUGAGAUCCGUUAAACAUUACUUCCUGCUGGACCAAGGAGACUUCGUUGUGCAGCUCAUGAGUCUCUGCGAAGAUGAAUUAAGCAAGAACAUUGAUGACGUUGUCCCCACAAGACUCGAAUCCUUGUUGGAGUUGGCGCUGCGUACCUCGGCAGCUAACAAUGACCUGUACAAGGAUGAUAUCCAGUGUGACUUGCAACCCAUAACACUCAUGAAUCAGGAUUGUUGGAGGAUAUUAAGUAUUGAAACAGAGGAUGAGCGCGAAUAUUACCCACAAGAGGAAAGGCUACAGCUAUCUGGGCUCCAAGGUUUCUCUCUAGGAUACCGAGUGACGUGGCCAGUGUCCUUGGUGCUUGAUCGGAAGACCAUCGCAUGCUACCAGAUGAUCUUCCGCCACCUGUUUUACUGCAAGCAUGUGGAGAGACUUCUGUGCAGAGUCUGGGUUAGCAACAAGGUAGCCAAGAGUUUUCCUUUGUCUGCUUCUCGGACCUAUACGGCAGCUUUCGCUCUGAGACAGCGAAUGUUGAACUUUAUACAGAAUAUAGAGUAUUACAUGAUGUUUGAAGUCAUAGAGAGGAACUGGCGAGACUUCAUUUAAAAAUGCAGAAGGUAUGUAGAAAAUGUAGAUGAAGUGUUAGCAUUCCACAAUGAUUUUCUGAGCGGCUGUUUGAAGGAUUGUAUGCUAACAUCGCCAGAGCUGCUGAGAAUGAUCUCAAAGCUGACGGGAAUAUGUGUCAACUUUGCUAACUUUAUUGAGGAGUCCCCAGAGCCAGCGGCAACCACACAUGAAGAUAGCCAGAGCUUCGAGCAGACUAUCUCGCGCUUUGAGCUUCAGUUCUCCGGGAUGAUUUACACUCUGAUGGAGAAGAUCUCGGAAAUGGGCAGAGACAACUACAAUGAUGCGCUGGUCAAUGUGAUUUAUAG